GAUAAUUAGAAUACAUCUGUUAGGAUAGAAGUCAGUUCCAUCCAGACUUCAGUAAAGGUCGACAGUUGAUACGCAGAAUAGAUGCGCGAAGGAGUGAUAAUUCGAAAUGGUUUCAUCAUAUCUCGUUCCACUACAUGAACUACACAGAAUCGUUAUAUAGAUUAAACUAGACUCUAUUAGUACUGAGUUGAUCUCUACUUUAUAUUUUUAAAUUAUCGAGAAAAAACAUAUUUUUGAAUAAAAUUAAAAAAGGGGGACUAUAUCUCUUGGAACAGAUCCUGAAUCGCCUUGUAACCCGUGAGAAGACUUCCAUUGUACCUACAACGAGCGACGUCGUUCAACAGCCUAGGAGAGACUUUUGUUCGAUCAAUUGGUCACAUUUGAGCUCGAAUAUAUAUACAAACAUUGCCUCCCCGGGCCGAGUGUCGAUUCUUUUUCUGAAGUAAAAACAACAUAACACGAACAAUACUACCAAUCAUAGUUUGCUUAUUUCGUCGAAUCUUUACUGUUGAUUUUUUUCCAGCACCAAUGGAAAUGAUCGAAAAGGCCAACUUUCUUCAACGAGGUUUCAUCCUUGUUUUGCUGACAUGUACAUGCAUGGUUCUUGCGGAUUAUAUAGAUAAUGACGUCUCUUGCCCUAUGGCGAUCUCUUGUCCUUCAAUUAAAGCACCAGGUUCUGAUGACGUCAUCCAACUGGUGAAGAAGAAGGUACCACGUGGUCAUCCUAUGGCAAUCCCUCAACAGAUGAAAGGAAUUGAUCUGAAUAUUGUAUGCUCCAUACCAGCUUGCUUGUCUAACCCUUGUCUACACGGAGGUACCUGUAAUGAGACCAAUGAUGGAUAUGAGUGUCACUGUCUCUUUAGCUUUACUGGCAAACGAUGUCAAGAAUUAACAUCCAUCCAAGACGACACAACAACACCCGAUUCUACUACUACACUCUCUCCAACUGCCGCUAACUCUGAAUCAACUUCCACUCAGGACGACACGACAACAACAACUACCACUACACUUUCUCCAACUGCCGCUGACUCUGAAUCAACUUUCAUCCAGGACGACACGACAACAACUACUACAACACUCUCUACCACUGCCACUGACACUGAAUUAACAUCCAUCCAAGACGACACAACAACAACACCCGAUUCUGCUUCUACACUCUCUCCAACUGCUGCUAACUCUGAAUCAACUUCCACUCAGGACGACACGACAACAACAACUACCACUACACUUUCUCCAACUGCCGCUGACUCUGAAUCAACUUUCACCCAGGACGACACGACAACAACUACUACAACACUCUCUACCACUGCCACUGACUCUGGUCUAGAAAUCAAGUAA